AGGGCCGCAUCUUUCUUCAUAACAAAGAAAGUGGCAGAAUUGUGCAGUAGAGACGAUUACUUUUGUCUCCUUUUCAAAUGGAUUGAUACAGGCCGACUCAGAUUAAGUCUAAGGCCGGUAACAUCAACAGUGAGGACAAACCCAGACUGCCUCUCUCCUUCCACACUGAGUCCAAACCUAAAACCGACAGUCACUGGGUCCUAAUUGUGACAGUGAGCCCAGUUUGCACUGCAGGAUCCAGAGAUGGCAUCAGUGAAGUUGGAAGACUGCAGUCAAGCACUGGAGCUGAAUGUCAACAUUAAAGAUGAAGAAGAGAAGAUUGGGAAAUCUGUUUCUCAUGGUCACGUUGAGACAUCCUCUACAUCCAGAGAGCAGAAGCAGGAAGAUCACAGAGCUAAGAGGUUUCACCACUGCCCACAUUGUGAGGAGAUUUUCCCAUAUCUAUCAAAGCUAAAAAUACACCUAAAAACACACACAGGAGAAAAUCUAUAUUCCUGUACUGACUGUGGGAAAAGAUUCACAACAUCACAUUCUCUGACAGUUCAUCAGAGAGUGCACACAGGUGAGAAGCCUUACUCCUGCUCUGCCUGUGGGGGGAGAUUCUCUCGACUGAGCCAUUUAAAGAGACACCAACAUAUACACACAGGAGAGAAGCCUUACUCUUGCUCUGACUGUGGAAAAUGCUUCGCAACAUCAUCUGACCUAACAGUUCACCAGAGAACACACACAGGAGAGAAGCCUUUUUCCUGCUCUGACUGUGGGGGGAGAUUCUCUCAACUGAGCAGUUUAAAAAAACACCAACAUAUACACACAGGAGAGAAGCCUUACUUCUGCUCUGACUGUGGGAAGAGUUUCUCGCUAUUGGAUACCUUAAAAGCACAUGCACGUAUACAUACAGGAGAAAAGCCUUACUCUUGCUCUGACUGUGGGAAGAGGUUCUCUCAACGGAGCAACUUAAAAAUACACCAACGUUUACAUACAGGAGAAAAGCCUUAUUCCUGCUCGGACUGUGAAAAGAGUUUCUCCCAAUUGGAUAAGUUAAAUAGUCACCAGCGAAUACAUACAGGGGAGAAGCCUUACUUCUGCUCUGACUGUGGGACUUGUUUCAGCCAAAUUGAUACGUUAAAAUGCCACCAGCGAAUACAUACAGGAGAGAAGCCUUACUCUUGCUCUGACUGUGGGCAGAGUUUCUCUCAACACAGCAGCUUAAAGAAACACCAACGUAUACACACAGGAGAGAAGCCUUACUCCUGCUCUGAAUGUGGGACUAGUUUCUCUCUACAGGACAGCUUGAAAUCACACCAACGUAUACACACAGGAGAGAAGCCUUACUUCUGCUCUGACUGUGGAAAGAAUUUCUCUCGACACAGCAGCUUAAAGAAACACCAGCGUAUACACACAGGAGAGAAGCCUUACAUCUGCUUUGAAUGUGGGAAGAGUUUUACAACAUCAAGUGCUCUGACAGUUCAUCAGAGAGUGCACACAGGAGAGAAGCCAUACUCCUGCUCUGACUGCGGGGGAAGUUACUCUCGACUGGGAAACUUAGAAACACACCAUCGUACACAUACGGGAGAGAAGCCUUACUCUUGUUCUGACUGUGGUAAAUGCUUCACAACAUCAAGUGCUCUGACUGUUCAUCAGAAAACACACACAGGAGAGAAGCACACCAACUGAUACACACAAGCCAAGAGUUUUGCAGAUUAAAAUCUUACGUUUUCGGUGGAUUGACAAUGGACCCGUAUUAAAGUAUCCUUUUUUGGUAAC